CUCAUUGGCAUUUGCGCAUUGUUUACCACCCAAAGUGACAAAUGAUUAUUCAAAAUGGCGAUAAUUUGUCAGUGGUACUGUUUAUUUUGAGUUUUUUCGAUUACAAUAGGUGCAAUUGUUUUUUUGUGUGUCAUUUAUCAUCAUUAAAAUAUAAUAAUGCCGCGGACUAAAUCCCGCAACAAUGUCGACACUUGUGGAGACUGUGGUGCCCUAGAAGCAUCUUGGGCAUCUUUAAACAAAGGAAUUUUGUUGUGCACGGAGUGCUGUAGUGUACAUAGAAGUCUGGGGAGGCACAUUUCCCAGGUCAAGCAUUUAAUAAAGAGUCCAUGGCCUGGUUCUCAGCAACAGAUGUUACAUGCUCUAAAUAACAAUGGUGCUAACAACAUCUGGGAACAUGUCCUUCUGGAGAACAACUCGAAACACCACAAAAAGAAGCCAAACUCAAAAGAUUCCCUCAACAUAAAGCAAGAGUUCAUCAAAGCAAAGCACAAGCACUUAGCUUACGCAUAUCGAGACGUGUACGAGACGGGAUGUGCCGAAAACGAAUUGGGAAAACAGUUGCAUGCGAGCGUCAGGACGCCAAACUUGGAGGCGUCCUUCCGUCUCCUGGCAUCCGGGGCCGAUCCGAAUUACUUCCACGAUGAAAAGGGGAACACCCCGUUGCACGUGGCUGUGAAAAACGAACAGAAAUUACAAAUUGAACUGUUGCUGGUUUAUGGAGCGGAUCCGAGUUAUCCGAACUCGGCGUUGGAAACACCGUUGGACCUUGCCAGGCGUCUAGCCAACAAAGAUAUCGCCAGAAGACUGCUGGAGAGCCAGUAUGAAGUCACGGAUACGUUCAGCAAUUUCUUGUGGAUGAAGAAACCGGAUCAUUGGAAUGGGAAACAUUACAUUGAUUCGCAAUUUGGGUACUAUUCAAAUGCCACCGCUCUUGCCAAACUUCAAAAACUACCAAAUAAUGUUUUUGAGGAAUUGGCCAUGGAUGUUUAUGAUGAAGUUGAUAGAAGGGAGACUGAAGCAAUUUGGUUGAGUUGUGCUGACACUACAACCUUGAAUGAAACACCAUUUUUGCCAGUGGAUUCAACCAUGUCAUCAACCAGGAAUCAAGGGCGGCAAAAAUUGGCCAUGUUUAAGACACCUGACUUAAAAGCUCUAAUUUAUGCUCUCCUGGUGGAGACCCAGAGAAGGGAGAACAUUAAAAACAAUAAAGCUUUCAUGCCUCAAUUAAGAGAAUACUCUCUCUUAACUUCAGAUGAUGAUCCCCUGUAUGAUUCCGUUGCAUCCGACGAUGACUACGAACAAGUUCCAGAUGAGGAAGAGGAGUUGGACAAAACUAAAAAGAUGAACAGCCUUGAGGUGAAGAAUCUCUUGAAAAGGAAUCAAGUUAUUGAACAACUAACUGACAGAUUGAAGGAGUCAGACAGCACAAUAACCGAAUUAAAAUCGGAGGUAACGCAACUUAGAAAUUGCCUGAAAACGUUGCAAAAUGAGAAUUUUGAACUGAAGAGUCAGUUAUCAUUACAAAACAAAAAUUAUACGAAUUUUGCAUCAAACGGGAAUAAUGGAGAUGUUCUUGAUAACAUGAUAGAGAGAAAUGGACAAGAGGAAGGCGAGUUGAGACAGAAAAUGAAUAAAAAUCAACGACCGACAAGUAUGUAUGAAACCAGGGAAGGAUUGUCUAAGUCCAAUUGGCAACACGCAAAAAAUCAAAAUAAGCUGAAUAACAACCAGACUAGAAAUACCACACAAAGUUUGUAUGAUUGUAAUAACAGGAAAACUGUUUUGGAAUGUACUGAACAUAUAACCAGAAGUAUUCAACAAUUAUGUAAAAGUAUUCAAGAGCCUGAACGUCAAGAGUGCAGUGAAAAUGCUGUCAACGUUAAAUUAUCAAUUGUUAAACUUGCAUCAAAUCUACCUGAAGACUCAGAAAGGGACAUCAUUAAAAAAAUGAUAGAAAUCACCAACAGAUUGGAGCCAGAAUGCAUUCUCCUGCAAGAUGCCAAGUUGAAGGGAGAAAAUUCAGAAGCUGAAAACCACUUCAUCAAAAUCAGAGAGUUUGCAUUCCAUCUCGCCAAGUUUACUAAAGAAAUCGUCACGAAGUAUUCUUCAUGUUCUUGAAAACCAGUUUUAUUGUAUUCUCCAUUUUAUUUGCCUUUAUUUUAGCCCCUGCCCGGGUGUAAGACAUUCUUUGUUGUUCCAUUUUUUACACAAUUUACUAUAAUGUUAAUUAAUAAGUCAUAAUAACCACAGAAAGUAUUUUAAUUAUGAUUUAAUUAUUUUUAAAAAGCUUUAAUAUUACUGCUUUUUGUUUUAAUAUUGUCUUUUACAAGGAAAGUUUAAAAUUAAUUAAUUUGACUGAUUUUAAAUGUUAGCAAAUUCAGUUUUUACAUAGAAAAAUGCCACACUUUAUUAUUGUUACUAUUGUUGUUAUAAGUUUCUCCUACUGUUAUAUAUGAAUUAGCUUUACCU